CCUCUGAAUCAGAAUCAGCCAGAGAGAGUGAGAGGCAGAGAAAGCAGCAAAAAAUGGUGAAAUUCCUCAAGCCAAACAAGGCCGUUAUCGUCCUGCAGGGACGCUACGCCGGCAAGAAGGCGGUGAUCGUCCGCACCUUCGAUGAAGGAACCCGCGACCGCCCCUAUGGCCACUGUCUCGUCGCCGGAAUCAAGAAGUACCCUAGCAAGGUGAUCCGCAAGGACAACACCAAGAAGACGGCGAAGAAGUCGCGUGUGAAGGCCUUCGUGAAGCUCGUCAACUACCAGCACCUCAUGCCGACGCGUUACACUCUCGACGUUGAUCUGAAAGAUGCUGUCUCCACCGAUGUGCUUCAGGCUAAGGAUAAGAAGAUCACUGCUCUCAAGGAGACUAAGAAGCGUUUGGAGGAGCGUUUCAAGACUGGGAAGAACAGGUGGUUCUUCACCAAGCUCAGGUUCUGAGCAAGCUUGCUGCUGCAAUUUAGGGUUUUGUUAUCCUCAACUGUUUUUGGAUUAUUAUCUUUUUUUGUUAUAAUUAGAUUAUGUUGCUCUUGUUAAUUUGGGUUGAAUUUCGUAUACUUUUGGAUUUUAUCGAAUUAAUUUCCGGUGCUUAAUUUGAAAUGAGAUUAUGGCUUAAUUA